AUGGACGCUUAGGAUACACUGAGUACCUAUCUCCUCUUUUCUCUCCUUAAGGAUGAAUGUUCAUCUCUCAAUCACACGUUACUAACUCUGCUUUCUCCCCGGAGUCCUUGUGACUUCACGUCUCAUGGGGUCAUCGGACCCUAUGAGACGACAUAGAUCCUAUCUGCCUGAUGGAUCAUCGAGGUCUGGGUCGUGGAAUUCCUGCUCCUGACUACGCCACUGUCCUGUUGAGACUCCGCCCACUGUUGAGACUCCGCCCACUCCUCCUCCCCACCGCCAUCUGCCUGAUGGAUCGUGGAGGUCUCCAUCGUGGAAUAUGCCUACUAUGAACUAUUCAUACACUCUGUCAUAUUCAUUGAAUGUAUUUUAACUCUAAAUCUGUCCUUCUGUACACAUGACAUCUUUGUUCUGUCCAUCCUGGAGAGGGAUCCUCCUCUGUUGCUCUCCUGAAGGUUUCUUCCCUGUUUUACCCAUGAAGGGUUAUUUGGGAGUUGUUCCUGAUCCGAUCUGAAAGUGGGCUCUUCAAAUAAACUGAAUUGAACUGAAUUAAAUAAGUAGAUGCAGACAAAGAGAGACUUGAUUCAGGUUAAAGUAGGUUUAUUCUAUAAAGUGCUUGAUACUGUCACUGCUUUGGUCAAUGGUAAGUGCACUUCCAGGAUUACAGCCAUCAAUUUGAGAAUCCAACAUAAAUAACUCCCAAAAAAUGUCUUCCUGGUUUUUACUCAUGUCCUCAGAUAUCCUCAGCACAGCAUGAUUAAUACUCAAAGCCUUCCAACGCAUGCUUCACUUUCCUGCUCAUCAUGUCCAGGCACGACUCCACACACACCGGAGGAGUGUGACAGAUGGCAUCGGCUCAAUUUAGGAUUGAUUUUCUCUCUCAUGGGAAACAGAGGUUGGGCCAACUGUCAUAAAUGUAACUGCAGUUCAAAUGAAACACAGUGAUUCUGCUUUUGUUUAAUUAUUUUCUCAUAACAUUAUUUCAUAAUAAAUGCAUGGUGAUAUUUAGCAGAUAAUAGCAAGUAGCCCUUUUCUUUUCAUAUGAAACACUAUUCGUUUUAGCAAUGGCAGGGUUAGGGUUAUGACACAACCCAGUGUAGGUACAAUGUAAAAUUAUCCAUCAGUAAAACCUCCUAUUGCUUCUACAGGGUUGACCACCUCGACAUCUUCUCUGUACAUUGGUCGCCAGAACUCUACACCAAUGGCAACAAGAAGCCCGUCAACCCCACUGAUACACACUGGGAGGUAACACACACACACACACACACAUGGUCAAGGAGGGGGGAAACAAGCUCACCGGGGCUCUUUAACAAUAAGAUAACGUCCGGGCAAUAAACACAGUUCAAACACAUGGUUAACAUUUGUAAAGAAUUAGUUUUUUUAAAACGUAUCAAUUAUCCCCGAUUGACAGGAACUGAGGCAGCAGAGUGCUCAGUUCUCCCAGAGGUUGUGGGAAAUCCUGUCGUCUCCAUAUAUGGGCAUCAUAUCUGUAACGCCUCCUAUUAUCCCAGUUUCUGUUACAGGGAAACGGAACUGGUCCAUAUGAGAGUGGACCAAUGAGCAGCUCCUCCCUUCAGCUUCAAACCAAUAGCAUCAAGAGACACAAGUGAAAGUAGCUGAGAGGGAAGGCACCAUGUGGCUGGAAGAGAAGUCAGAAACCAUGAAGCUGCUGCCAGACAACGUCACGGUGCUUUACUUUGCCCGUGACCGCGUGGAGCCGUAUGUUGAGAUCAUCACCGUGAAGGACGCCACGCGGCGCCGGAGUCUGAGCAGCUCGGAGGACAAGGAGGCCGAAGACGAGCCGGUCCGAGACACCCUGCCCGUCCUGAAGCACCAGAGCCAGCUGCUGGACGCCCGGCAUCUGGAGCGACUUGCUGCCCACAUGCCAGUGAAGACCCAGGGCUCCCCAUGGCAGCUGGCCUUCAGCGUGGCGGUCCACGGGAGCAGCCUGAAGACUCUGUACCGCAACAUGGCCGGCCUGGACCGCCCGGUGCUGCUGGUCAUCAGAGACAUGCACAAGAAGGUAUUUGGAGCUUUUUCUUCUGAUCCAUUCAGAGUCAGUCGAUUCUGCUACGGCACAGGAGAAACCUUCCUGUUCAGCUUCAGCCCCGACUUCCAGGCAUACAGGUGGAGCGGCGAGAACUCGUACUUCAUGAGCGGCACCCUUGAAUCUCUACAGAUUGGUGGAGGAGGGGGCGGAUUUGGCCUGUGGCUGAAUGCUGACCUGUACCGUGGCUCCAGCUUCUCCUGUCCCACGUUCAACAACAAGUCUCUCUCCACACAAGAGGACUUCAAUGUCCUGGACCUGGAGGUCUGGACGGUGCAGAACAUCUGAACAGAGCGAGAGUAGAACUCACUAGUGAGAGGGCUACCUGUGGUUCUCGCCACGACUAAAUCUCAUGGAGCAUCAUCUGUGCACCGGGUCCAGAGACGGCCACAUGCAGAACCCUGUCCGGUCGGUCCUUGGGCUGGACUUCCGAUUCAUGUUGUCUCUGUGCAAAGUGGUCCAAUGAAAUCCUGCCAUCCAGGGUCCUGCUGCUUCAAACUAAUGGCUACUCAUCAGUAGCACUGUGCUAAGACCCGCGGGGAACUGGACUCUGGCGCUUCAAGCCUUUGUUGUGGAGAGCAUUGUCAUAUAAAGUUCACAGCACACUGCUGAAUGAAAAGAUUGUAACUCCUGUAAGAACAUUCAGGACUUUCGGAACAUAUUUUCUAUUUCUGUCGAACUAUUUAAGAAACAAAUUAUUUGCAGUAUUUAUCUCUAUGUUAGUUGUGCAUGAUAGGCGUGAAACAGACAUGGCACAAAAAGGUCUAUAUACAAUGUUACGACAAAAAAAGGAAAACUUAUUGAAUGGUAAGAACACUGUAACAUUAUAGGUCCCGCAGUUACCUGGUUUUCAUGUUCUCCUUUUGAAAACUACUGCUGCAAAUGAAGACCACUCAGGUUAAAAAGCAAAAGUGUUGAACUAGAAUUCAAUUCAUUUUGUAUUGCCCAAUAUCACAAAUUAGAAAUUAGCCUCAGAGGGCUUUACAGUCUGUCCACAUAGACACCCCCGUCCCAGGACCUCACAGGGGAUCAGUGUGUGAUCUUGUGUGUGUGCGGUUUGUGGAGGAAGAGACCUCAACGGUUUAUCACAUAUAUUAUUAUAGUCAUCAAAAUGUAUGUUGAAGAAAAUCUUGACAGGAAAGAGAAGCGAAAGUUCUUGUUUCCCUUUGUGUGUGUUUGUGUGUGUGUAUAUCCUUGUGUGCCAGGCAGUGCUGGCACUGCCGAUGUUGUUUUGUGGAACCACAAUAAAAUAUUAUCUUUCCUGGUGAAAGACAAUGUG